GUGUGAUAAUUUCCACUUUAAUGUUAAUAAAUUUGAAACAGAUCAGCAUCAGAUGAAUUGAUUGCCAAUCAGCUAAUUACUUCACAUUAUUAGUACAAUUAAACUACAUGAUCGUAUCCGGGAUAAUUAAUCGAGCAAUUUCUCAUUCGAUUGAUCAAUUGAUACCUUAUGAUGUCAUUUUAAAUUUGAUAUUUUCAUGAUAAUGCUAGAUAAGCUUUGUGUCAGUCUAUGAUUCAUAAGAUUCAUAUCUAUUAUUUUAUUAGACUACCUAACCUGAACAAAUAUCUUACGACGGUAUCGUCUAAUGAAUGACAAUUUUAUUCAACGACGUGACGUGAUGCUCGAGUGACAGAUAAUGCGAAAUAUAAGUAAAAUAUACCGAACAGCACUAAAGAAGUAUCCUGUGGGUACUCAAGCAGUACAAGCUGGAAUACUCAUGGGUCUUGGAGAUCAGAUUGCACAAAAUUUUAUAGAAAGUGGUCCAAAAGCUAUUGAUUAUGUACGAACAAUGCAAUUUGCUGGAAUUGGCUUGUUCAUUAGUGGUCCUGCAACAAGAACGUGGUAUGGCAUUUUAGAUAAAUAUAUAGGUUCUAAAGGUUACAUAGUUGGAAUAAAAAAGGUUGUUUGCGAUCAAUUGCUUUUUGCGCCCACUUUUAUAGCAGUUUUACUGGUUGCUAUUGGUUUUUGUCAAGGAAAAGAUAUCAAGGGGCUAAAGACUAAAUUAUUAAAUGAAUAUAGUGAUAUAUUAAUUAAUAAUUAUAAGUUAUGGCCUAUGGUGCAACUUAUGAACUUUUCCUUGGUGUCUUUAAACUAUCAAGCUCUAGUUGUACAAUCAGUUGCCCUACUGUGGAACAGCUAUAUUUCAUAUAGAACAAGUUUAGAUAAACAUGAUGAAUUUAUACAGAUAUAACUCAAAAGUUACUCAAUUGAACACUUGUAUGCAAUAUCACUUUUCAUAUAUCUAAAAGAAAGUUUUUAAUAAAAAUAGAAGGAAGAGAUGGCAAAAUGACA